GUGCAAUGGGAUGGGACCCCUCCCCACACUGCACCUAACCCCCAGCACCCACCCUGCGUGCCUCCUGCAGAAAGUCAACUGCGUGCAGUUCAACGAGGAGGCCACCAUCAUUGUGUCUGGCUCCAUCGACUCCACGGUGCGCUGCUGGGACUGCCGCUCGCGCCGCCCCGACCCCGUGCAGGUGUUGGAUGAGGCCAAGGAUGGCAUCUCCAGCCUGAAGCUGUCGGCCCACGAAAUCCUGACAGG